AUGUUCACUCCUGCGUUCCUGUCACCCGCUGGCGCUGAGUUCAUGCGCUUAGCCUUUGCUGUGGCUGUGAGUGCCUUCGUUCUCCUCGAGUACUUGAGAAUAGCCAGAGUAUGGCCUCUGGGGGAGGACCUACAGGACUUCUUGACCAAGUUUACGGAUGAACGAGACUCGGGUCCGGUUAUCCUCACGCACCUGUAUCUCCUGGUUGGUAUCGCUUUGCCCUUGUGGCUCACAUCCAGCAUGCAGUCAAUAGGCAUCGGCGAUGCCACAGCGUCAUUUGUGGGAGUGCGCUAUGGUGUGCACAAAUGGGGUGCCUCCACUAAGUAUGUUAUUGACUCAUAG